AUGGCAGGGCUGUCAGCCAGAGACUACGGUGGAGGGCUCUCAACAAACGGAUGGGAGAAGCGCGGGACGCAAGAUGUGUCAUUGACGAAAGAUGACGGCUUUGAUGAGGAGGUGGCGCAAGCCGCUGGCAUCACUGAUGAGGAUCCAAACAAGGAGGCUCUUCAGCAGCGCGCGAAGGAAGGUCGAGCGCGAGCCAACGAGCUGGCCGAGUUUGCGAAGCUGCAGGAGAGCCAAAAGAAAGAGGCGGCGAGCAAGGCCGGACUGGCAUCUCUGGUCGCCGAACGCGCCGCAGCUAAAAACACAAAACGCGAACUUCCGAGCUUCCUGAAAGUUGGCGGCUGCUCAGCUAGAACCAUAGGUGCAUUCUUUGGAAAGGUGCCUUGCCUGGCUGUCACGGCUCUUCUGGGUAUUGCUGUGUUGCUUGCUACCCAGGGGCAAAAAGCCAGACGCCGCUUGACUCGCAAAAGAUCAGCAACGUCUCGGCAUGAUCCCGGGUAG